UGGUUCCGCCCACAAAACUCACGCACAGUGCUUUGCUUUGCUGUGCCUUUGCCUUCCCGCCACCCACGACGCCGCCGCAUCGGCCCAUCGCAAGGCAACUAACUACUCCAGCCACCGCCACCACUCCAGCACGACUUGCCACCAUGUCCUCCUUGCCUUCCUCGGCGACGGCGACUGCGACAGUGCCGAUGCCGCACCAUCACCACCAUCAGUACCAUCACCACCACCACCAGCAACAGGGUGGCUUGAGCAGUGCUGCGCUGGCCAGCAUGCCGCAACCGCCGCCCGGCAUCAAAGUGGCGCGCAGCAGGGGAGGAGGCAGUGGCAGCAGUAGUGGCGGCGGCGGCACCAAGGACGACAGCUUCAGCUUGCCGCUGCUGUUCUGGAUGGGCUCGUGGUACUUCUGCAGCCUCAUCACGCUGUUCAUGAACAAGAUCAUCCUGUCGUCCGAGGGCGGGAACAAGUAUGUGCUCGGCAUCACGCAGAUGAUCAUGACCGCCGUGCUGGGCGCCGCCAAGGUGUACGGCCCCUCCGCCAUUGCGCAUGUGCUCGGCACACGCACCUCGCCCAAGCCAAACGAGAUUACAAGCGCCGUGCGCCCCUACAACACGUUCUGGCGGGACAUGAUCUUCGUCGGCGUCAUGCGCGGCCUGACCGUGCUCUUUGGCUUGAUCUCCCUGGCAAACGUCGCCGUCAGCUUCACAGAAACCAUCAAGAGCAGCGCGCCCUUCUUCACCGUCAUCUUUGCCCAGGUCAUCCUGCGGCAGCGCACGUCGUGGCAAGUCAACGUCUCCCUGCUGCCGGUCAUGCUCGGCCUCGCGCUGUGCAGUGCAACGGAGCUCUCCUUCAACACCAUCGGCUUUCUGGCCGCCGUCGCCAACAAUGUCAUCGACUGCAUCCAGAACGUCUUCAGCAAGCACUUGCUCAAGAGCAUGACGCCGGUGCAGCUGCAGUUCUACACCAGCGCCGCAGCGGCCAUCUUGCAACUCCCCGUGCUUCUCUACACGCUGGCGCCGGAGCUCAAGUCCGCCAGCAUCCCCGGGAACAUCUGGAUCAUGAUCCUCAUCGACGCCGUGUUCUACCACUUGCAGAGCGUCACCGCGUACUUCACCAUGAGCCUGCUCACCCCGGUCUCCCAGAGCGUCGCCAACACCGUCAAGCGCGCCCUCCUCAUCUUCCUCUCCAUUCUCUGGUUUGGUAACGAAAUCUCCUUCCUCAGCGGCGCGGGUAUGGUGACGGUUGUCUUUGGCGUGUUCCUCUAUAAUCACUGCCGUCUCAACUACCCAGCUCCCCAGGACAGCAACAGCAGCAGCAAAACUGAGCUGCCCAAGUAACCAGCGCGCGCGCGCGCGCGCGCGCGCGCGCGCGCGUGUGUGUGUGUGUGUGUGUGUG